UAAGACGAUUAUGCAAAUCCGGCAUCCGUUCACGUUUCAAACGGUUGUGAUAACGUCAUCAACAUGAUUUAUCGUCCGGUUUAUAAAUUAUAUUUCGACGUUUUGUCCACGACACCACGUAAAUUAAUUAGAUAAAUGUUGGCCGCCGGUUUCUGCAUUGUCGGUAUAUUACGUUUUUAUUUUUUAAUACAAAAUGUAUGCGUUUUUUAUUCCCUAACGGCUUGCACGGUCCGUUUUCACGAAUAUGGUAUGUUUAAUUUCAAUUAAUUACACAUUUGCGGUUUAAUUAUGAGCAUAGGUAAUAAUACUUCUAAUACAUUAAUAUUUGUUUCUAUUUUAGGUUAUUCCAGUUAAAAGAAAAACUAGUCCUAUGACUCCAAGUGUGAGAUUUACUGAUGAGUUACCAGAUGAUACAACGGAACAACCUGAGAUUCUGAGAACCGAUUUCAAACCGAUAACACAAUUACCACCAGAAAAUAAUGAGGACAUUUCUAAUGGUGGUCUAUUCAGUCUAAGUCCAUUAUGGACACUAUCAACUGUAAUAUUAUUAUGUGCAAUAAUGGCAUUAUCCUAUCGUGGUUACUUAGAUACACAAGCCAUCAACUAUCCAUUUCAAGGGCCAAAAGUAUGUAUGUCUCAUUGUCUUUUAUAAAAUAAAAUAAAUAUGAAAUGAAAAUAAAACGAUUUGAAAAUUUAAAAUUUGAUUUAUAUGAUUUAAAUACUAAAUACUAUUUCAAACAACAAUUUUUUAAUUCAAUUUUAAUAAUUUGAAACUAAAUAUAAAUUUGGUACCUACUCAAACUCUAUAGAGGAGAAUGUUAUAAUGGGACACAUUAUUUUAUUCUAACAAUCUGAAAUUCUGCCAUUAGAGAAAAAAUAAUUUUAGUUUGCUCAUAGUAAUGAUUAUGUUAAUACAUUUGUUUAUUAUAAUAGUUAAGAAAUAAUAAUACCUAUAGGAUCUUAUACAAUUUUUUUUUUAUUUUAAAAAUCAAUCACCUGUGUCAAUUAUUAUUAAUUAAUGAUAAUGGGAUAAAUUUAUUAAUUUUUUAAUGCUAAAAAGUAAUAAAUAGAAAAGUUAUAUUUAUAUAAAUAGUCCUCAUUUUCAUUGAUUCCUGAUGUAAAUAGUCUGCAUAAAAAUAGCCCAAUUAUUUAAUUUUCUAACCUAGAUUAACGAUGAAUUUACUAAUAUUUAGUUUAUAUUGGUUUACUUAAAAAAUAAUCUCUAUUAAUUGAAAUUCAAUAUAUUUAAAUUUAUUUAUUAUGAAUAUUACUAUUUCUUUUUUUUAUAUAUAUAUAUUAUUUACUUAUAUACUACUAAUGCUCAAAUAAUUAAAUAUUUAUUUUAUAUUUUAUUGCAGGUUAUUCAAAAAAAUACAGGAGUUGACCAAGCAUUAUGGGGUACUUAUAGACCAGGUGCAUAUCUAGGUUUACGUACAAAAGAACCUUUAGAUAGAGGUUCUGUUUUAGCAGGCCUUAUGUGGUUUAGACAAUAUGAUUUAAUGAUGACUGAAUCAAUAGACUCGGCCAUACGCCACAUGUGUGAUAAUUCCCACAAAGAUUUAGUGUAUGGUUAUUUAGAACAUGAUACUGUAAAUUAUGGACAUCAAGUUAUAAAUGAUGGAAAAGACAAAGAUGGAUUUAAAUUACAAACUAUAUUUUUGAGACCACACACUGAUACAAUAAAUUAUCAAACAAAUACAGAUUGGACAACACGCAUUAUAUAUGAAACAAAUAACUCUGCAUCUUCAGUUUCUCUUAUUUGGUAUGUGUAUAUUGACCCUGGAGAUAUAGACCUACCAUUAACCAGUAAAAAAUACUCUCUUGAUGUACUGAAAGGUGAUAAUAAAUCUUUAGCUACUAUUCUAGGCUCUACACCUAGCCUUACUGAUUUUCGAAUGUCUAUAAUUCCUAGAACAUCCAGCAAUCUAGAUAAUCUUAAUAAAUUUUCUAUACAUAUAAACACAAGUAUAAGCAGUGUGUGGUGUUCAAAUACAGCCCAAUUAAAACACUGUUUAGCUAAAUUAAUGAUACUUAAACGAAAUUCUUUAAAAGAUCCUAGUGCAGGAUCACAAAUUAUGCUUUUAGAAAAGAACUCAUAUAUGCAUUAUGAUAGUCAUCAAAUAUCAAAUAAUCUUUUAAACAAUUUUAUGGCUGUACAAAUAACAAUUACUCAUAAUAGUAAGAAAUCGUCAGAAAAAUUUAAAUCUAAAGGUCUUAGUUAUACUUUUGAUGUGGCAUAUACUCAAAAAAAUAAACAAAAACCCCAUGUAUUUAUUAAUUCAGUUCCUUCUUUAGUAGGCAAUAAAUUUGAUUUGGUACAUAAAGAAUAUAGUAAAAGAUUUCAAAAAAAGUUUGAAAAGUCUUUUCCUAUUAAAUUAAAUGGAAUUGUUGAAAAUAAAUUAUUGCUAACUUUUGCAAGAGUAACUUUUAGUAAUAUGGCUGGAAGCUUAGGAUAUUUUUAUGGUUCAUCACUUGUCAGAGAUGAUGAUGAUGAAGAUAUUCAAAAAAAAUCAGAAGUUUCAAUAGAUGAUGCAGUUAAAUAUUGGACAGCUGGCCUGUUAACUGCUGUACCUUCACGAUCUCAAUUUCCAAGAGGAUUUUUAUGGGAUGAUGGUUUUCAUGGGUUAAUGUUGGGAAGCUAUGAUAUUGAGCUGCAACUAAAUAUUUUAGGCCAUUGGAUGGAUUUAUUAAAUCACCAAGGUUGGAUCCCUAGAGAACAAGUAAAGAAAAUAUUUAAUGUUUUAUGUUUUAUUUUAUUUGUGCAUAAAUCUAAGUAUUUGAUUUGUAAUUGAUCAAUUAUAUUUAUUUUUAGAUUUUAGGAUCCGAAGCCAGAUCUAGGGUACCAGAAGAGUUUGUAGUUCAAAGUUCACGAGCCGCUAAUCCACCUGCACUGUUACUCACUGUUGAUUUACUAUUAAAACAAAUUAAACAAAAACAGCAAUCCAUAAGUAAUACAAACAAUAAUAAUGAUAAAUUUAACAUUGAUAAAAUUGAUAAUACUUUGAGAAGAUUGUAUCCAAGAUUAAAAGCAUGGUACAACUGGUUCAACCGUACUCAAAGGGCUAUAAACAGUUGGACUAAAAAAUUAAAAUUACCUAUGGAUUCUGAUGAUUUACGCCUAGCCAAAAAAUUUGUAGGAUAUCGAUGGAGAGGACGUGAUUCAAUAACCAAUAAAGAAUUGAAUCCAAAAACAUUAACAUCAGGAAUGGAUGAUUAUCCAAGGUCAUCACAUCCUGUAAAUGAUAAUGGUUCUUCAAAUUUACCUUUAGAGAACCUAAUGAAUGAUUUUGAUGUAUCUGAACGCCAUGUUGAUUUACAUUGCUGGAUGGCCCAUGGUGCAAGGAUAAUGAAUGAUCUUUAUAUUUAUCUCAAACCAGAUAUUUCUAAUUAUGAAAAUGAAUAUUCUAGACACUUUUGGAUGUUGGUUGAAAAUCUAGAUCAUCUACAUUGGACAGGAGAAAAUAAUGAUACAUUUCAAAGUUCCCUAUCUAAAUUUCCAAUGUAUGCUGAUUAUGGUGUACACACUGAUGAUUUAAAAUUGGUAAAAUUAAAAAAAAAUCAUGAUUAUGUAAGAAUUGUAGGAGAAGAUUUUCCAAAAUGGCGUUUUGUCGAUUCACACAUUGGGUACAAUGCUUUAUUUCCCAUGUUUUUUCGACUAGUAAAGAAUUCUCACCGUUUAAAUGCAAUACUGGAUCUAAUCGAAGGGACUUAUAACAAUAGUAGUUUGUUAACAAAAUCUUGUGGUAUUAGGUCAUUAUCGAAAAGUUCACCUUUAUACAAAGUAAGAAAUACUUUACAUGACCCACCUUAUUGGCGUGGUUCUGUUUGGAUUAAUAUGCAGUAUUUAGCAUGUUCAUCCUUGUAUUAUUAUGCUAAUUUACCUGUAGAUACUGAAUCUUCAUACACUAAUAAUAAAUAUGAAAAAUUAGAACCAAUACGAUACUUAGAUUUAAAAACUAAACAAAGAUGCAACAAAUUGUAUAAUAGGAUAAGGAAUGAUGUGAUUCAGUGUGUUUACAAAGAAUGGUUACGAACAGGUUAUGUUUGGGAACAAUAUUCUGAUAAUUUAGAAUGGGACAGCUCAUUUGGUUUAUUCCAUAAGGGGUUAGGUACCCGGCCAUUUACAGGAUGGUCAGCUAAUGUUGUACUACUUAUGGCUGAAAUUUAUUAGAUAAUAAUUUAUAGAAAAAUAUAUUUAUUUUUGUUAUACAUAAUUUAUUAAUGGCAUAAAAAAAAAUAUUUUUAUUAUUAUUCUAUAUUUUAAUUAAAAAAUUUAUCAUGUAUUUUCUAUUACUCGAUAGGAAAUUAAUUUUUAUAUAAAUAAGAUGAAGGGUGAUAUUUUAUUCUUAAGGUCCCCACAGAUGAUAUGUUUUGAUAGGUCUAGGAAAUACCCAGAUCUGUGUUCAGAAAGCACUACAACCUGUCAGAAAUGUUAAGUAAAUUAUCACGUCUGCACAGCCUGGUUUUAUGUCUAUUAAUUUUAUAAAAUUUUAUCAUCAGUAAGCCCUUUUUGAUAUGAAGUAUUGUUCCUAAAAUAAACAUCAAAACAUAUUUAAUAUUAGUUAGGUACUUGGCAAUACUUUUUUUGUUAUUUAAUGCACAGAUAUUUAUAUUUAUUAAUAAUGUUGGUUAAAAAGAGGUCUAAAUUGUACCUAUCUAUAAUUUUGUAACAUUUUAAAAUUUUUUAAUAUAGCUAUUUUAAUUAUUUAUAUAAAUUGUUUUAAAAAAUAUUCUGGUUUAAAAAAAAAUGUUAUUUGAUUUGUAAAAAUGUAGUUAUAAAUAUUGUUAUAAAUGCAUUAAAUUUUUUAAAAAGUUACAAUUUUAUUGAUCGCCAAGAAACAUAAUGAGACGCUGCAAUAAUAUUAUAAUUUAAUUAAUAUAUAUUUAAAAAUUGUUAACUUAAUUAUGUAAGUUUUUUGAGACAAUAAACAUAUUUAAUUAUUUA